AUGCUGGGUGUAGAGAUGUACCCCCACCAGAGGCUGGGAGACCACUACUACAGAGACCGUGAUGUGCCCCCCCCUCACGUGUCGUCGCUGUACCCCUCCUCCUGUGAUGUGGCGGCCCGCUCCCUGCCCCCCCGCCUCCUGGCCCCUCCUCCAGCCCCCGCCCCUCACGAAGUUCCGCCCACUCCGCACGACAGCAUCAAGAUGGAGCUGGAGAACGCGUCGCUAUGGAAACAGUUCAGCACCGUCGGCACGGAGAUGAUCAUCACCAAGAAAGGAAGACGUAUGUUUCCGCAGCUGCGUGUGAAGCUGUCGGGGCUCAACCCCACCCUGCGCUACAUCCUGCUGCUGGACAUCGUGCCCGCCGACUCGUCCCGCUACCGUUUCCAGGACGACAGCUGGCAGGUGGUGGGUGGUGCGGAGGCGCGUCUGCCGGACCGCGUCUUCAUCCACCCGGACUCGCCCGCCACCGGGGAGCACUGGCAGAACCGCACCAUCUCCUUCCACCGCACCAAGCUCACCAACAACACACUCGACUCACAGGGAUAUAUCAUCCUGCACUCUCUGCACCGCUACCAGCCGCGGCUGCACGUGAUCCAGGCCAGAGACAUGCUGAUGUGGGGCGGAGCGCGCCACUCCUUCAACUUCCCAGAGACACAGUUCCUCACCGUCACCGCCUACCAGAACAACAGGAUCACCGAACUGAAGAUCAACUCCAACCCCUUUGCUAAAGGUUUCAGAGAUAACGGCAUGAACAGCAAGAGACAGAGAGAGGCCAGGCAGAAAAGAAAGAUCAACACUCAGCAGAAUGAACCUCUGGAUGACCUUGACAUCGAGUCAUGUGACCCCUGUGACCCAUGUGACUCCACUGAGCUCCUCCAACAGAACUCCACCCUCUCCAUCACAAGUUCUGCCCUCUCCAUCAAUGACCCUUCCUGUGGUUUCCAUGGCGAGGCACCACCUUUCCCAGGGUCGACCGUGUCGGAGCAGCCCAUGAGUCUGGGUCAAGCCUUCAUCUCCUCCCAGAUGACCCAGAUCCCUGACAUCACAGAGAUUCCCGCCUCCAUGGACAGUGGGCUGCAAACCAUCUCUCGGGAUGACCUGACUGACAGGUCGGGUCAGAUGAUUGACCUCCAGUCUUUCAGUGCUCCAUUUGCCGACUCCUCCCAGUUCUCGUCUGCUCCUCAUCCUCACUCUUCCUCCUCGUACUCCUCAGUCACCUCCUCCGUCACCUCCUCAAUGGGUCUGGCCCACUCCACUUCACCUGCAGGGCUCCAGAACCCGUCCCAGAUGAAUCUACCCCACUCCACUUCACCUGCAGGGCUCCAUAACCCGUCCCAGAUGGGUCUGGCCCACGUGACCCCUCCUGCGGGGGUCCAGAACUCGGCGGAGACAGCGUUCCCCUUCCCACCGCUCCAGCUCCAGCCCGACCAGAACCAGGAGACGGACCCGUCCACCCCCCACUCUCUCCACAGCAACACCCCACUGUCUGCCUUCCCCUUCCCUGAGCACCAGCCGCCCGCCCCCUCCUCCUCCUCCACCCCCGCUCAGCACCCCAUCACACCCCACUCCAUCACCAGCGCCCCCGCCACCGCCUUCCCCUUCCCCCCCGUGUCCAGCACUGACCCCAGCACCCAGAGCCCCUCCCUGGCUGGGACUCCUGCACAUCUGGACCUGACUCAGUCCACACCCAGCUCCUUCUCUUCCUCCGUCUCCUCUAUCCCUUCUUCCGUUUCCAUGGCGACCCAUCCGUCCGCUCCUCCUCCUCUCUCCCACUCUUUCCCGUGCGCUCCCGCUAUGGUCCAGUCGUACUCCAUCCCGCCCGCUAACCCAAACCAGAGCCACUACCCCGCCUCCUCUCAUCCCUUCUCCUCUCUCCCUCCCUCCCUCCCCUCCUGUCCCCCUAUUCAUCCCUCGCUCCAAAACCACACUCCCGGUAUUCCCGGUAUUCCCAAUCCGGCCCAGAUGCAGCCAGGCUACCCCGCGGUGGCAUUCCCGGCCUCUUCCUACCCCCAUAUCCCAGUGUCAGCCUCCAACUCCCCUCAGAUUCCUUCCUGUUCCAUGAUUCCCUCCCAGGCGUUCCCACCCCCCUCCCACCACCCCUCCCCCUCCAUGCCCCCGGCCUCCUACCCCCAGUACCCGCCUGGCGCCCCCUCUGGUGCCUACCCCCCAGUGCCCUCUGCAGAGGUAGCCUCCUACCCCGGUGCCCAGUUCAACCCUGCUGCCUCCUACCUGCCGGAGGUGGUACUGCACUCCUCUCUUCUCCCCUCCAUGGAUCCCUCUCUUCCCUCCUCCGCACCCCCUGCUCUCUAUCCCCCGUUCUCCUCCUACCCUCUCAGGCUGUGCCAGGACCCCCGCUCCUCCUUCCACAUUCCACUCAGGCAUAUCUACAGACAGCCCCAGCAUGCCCACGCACACAGCCAGGGGUCCUACCUGGACAUGAGCGGCAGGGCUGUGUUCUGAGACGCAGCAGCUGAGCAGAGCAGAGGAGAGAGGACACGAGAGGAGAGGAGAUCUGGAGGGAGGCAUGAGACUAACGUGUGCAUGUUUCCUGGAAAGCACAACAGUUCCAAAGGUUCUAGAAAAGGGAACCCUGCUACCACACUGGCUGCUACAGAACUCCGGAAUAGGUCCAGUUCCGACCGCUUGGUUCUGGAACUGAUCAGGGCCUCGUUCAUGAAUGAACUGGGAGAGGAAACCCACUCUAAAGGACUUUCUGUUGGAGAGACUUUCGAGUGAACCAAUAAGUGAUAUGGUGCUCACUUGGCUUGAAGACCCUGCGAUUGCACAUCUUCUAAUGGCCAUGCCUGCUUGUCUGUAGUUGCUAGGAUGCUUUUGAACCUGUCAUUGGGUGAUUGUAGAGGUAGAAUUGCUCAAACAUAGGCUACACAAACAUAUUUGUGUUGCUUCAUUUGGAUUUUGUAAAUACUGCUUUUUCUAUUUUUCUAAACAUUAUCAAAAAUAAACUUUGUUUUGAGAGAUUC